GAUUUGAGACUUUCGUGGCGUGCGGCGCGUCCUCAGGACUGCAAGCCGAUACAAGGCCUUCUGGGUAGGAGGAUGAGUGGUUUAGCAAAUAAAAUAGAUAAACAUGGCGGCGGCUGAACCUUCAUGGCCGAUUAUAAUAAAUUACUCGUUAGCUGAUAGCGAGUUGAGGAGUAUUUUUCAAAGCCAUAACUACAAAGUUAGAGUUUCAAAAAGCAACGGAAAAGACGUGGUGAUUUUUCCUUUGUCUUCUGUGGCGUUUUUUCUUCUCCGACUCGAUGAGAUUACAGCCCAAAUUGACGGCAAGUCUAACGUGGAUCAGGAGGUAGUACACCGAAUCAAGAAACUACGACAAAUACAUCGACAUUGUUAUGUGUUUGCUAUGAAUCCUUCGAUGUCGAAACGAGAAUACCACAUCAUACUGGAGUUGCAAAAUCGGUUUCUUGAAGAAAAGUUGGGAUUCCUACUAGCAUGUAGUCCGAAAGAAUGUGCUGAAAGCAUGCUGAACAUUGCAAAGAUAACAUGCAAGCCACUAAACUGUGUUGUUAAAGAAAGACUGCAGAAGUUGAAGUCAGCAACCGUCAGCGAUGGUGUUAUACUUGACAUCCUCUCAAAUCUGGGUCUAAAUUCUCACCAGUGCUUUGUCCUCCAGCAAGGCUGCAAGUCCAUUGCAAACAUUGCAACAGCGUGUGAAGAAGAUAUUAUAGGUUGCACCUUGGACCAAAAUAUAGCCCAAAGAAUCAAACACUUUUUUGAGAAAAACAAAUCACUCACAUCUGCUUAAUAUGUUUAUUAAAUUUGUGAUUUAAAUGGAAAAUAUUCAUAAAAAAUAUGAAGACAACUGCUAUGGAUAUAUUGUCAGUGCAUUACUUUACAUAAAGAAUAAUGCAUGUGUAAAUUUUGAAUAUGUUUUCAUGUUUUUUAAAAACAUUAAUUCUAAUUGUCUAAACUUGAUAAAGGUUUGACCUUUCAAUGUUGUUAUAUGGACAAUAAAAAUACUUUAAAACAGUA